AUCGACGGUCAAAAUUCAAAAUUAUUUAUUUUUGUUACAGAGAAAUAUAUUUUAUUGAUUCAUUUCUAUUGUAAUGAUCUCUGAUACUUAUUUAAUGGCUUCAAUGCGAGCGAAGCUACCAGGGAAUGAGUUCAUAAAAGAGAAACCUGAUUGAAGAAGAGCCAACUUUAAUUUUAUAUAUAUCCGACAUUUGUAAUAAUUACAAUUUUUCUCCAGGAAGUCCCCCCCCCCCCCAGAGCCUUCCGCCCUGGAGCGACUGCUCCACUCGCUCCACUGUCGCCAAUGAUGCGACGGAAGUCGUAUGGAACGGAAAUGUGUAACCACUGUCUUGACAUCUGUGGAGGAUAGUGCAAUCCAAAGUUCACAAAGCCAAAGGGAAAUUCAUAGUAUUAACCUGUUUAGCGAAUUUUAACCAGAUGGUUGUAUUUUAAUAAAAUUUAUUGUCGAAAACCAUGUCCAAAGCCGGGGUUUAUUUUUUUUUCAAGUCUUUUUCGCUUUUGUCGGAGCAGUUACAUUAUAUAGUUUUAAAAUUUCUCUCUGCAAAUGGAAUGAUUCGCUAAUCGACGUGGCUGCUCCGGCAGCGAAUUCUAGCGGCGGGUAAGGAAACUACGUGAUCUGCGUCCUUCCGCCACAGUUCACACAGACGAAUGGAAAUGUUAUAGUGAAUUAUUAAAAGAUGGACAGUUUAUUAAUAAAAUUCACUGUUGAAAAUCAGGUCCAAAGCAGUGGUUUAGUAUUUUUCUCUGCGUAUUAACCAUCGUGAAUUUAUUAACUGAACGCAUACAUACCUAUUAAAAAAAAAAACAUUAUCGGGAAUAAACCGCGAGGAAUUUAUAAACACAACAAACAAAUGAUCGCCGAAAAUGUUUUUUUCCCCUUCUUAUUUUCUUUAUUUGAACACCAGUUUGUGAGAAUUCGAACAUGCAUAAUGUCACGACUGGUUAUACUCGCUGUACGCAUGCCGGAGGGGAGGAUGCUUUGGUCGGUGGGAAUUGACGCGUUCUGUUGUGGCAACAACGUUACGAUAUCUCAUUCCCUGGUAGCGUCGCGUGACGUCGCGUGAUUGAGUUGGGGGGGAGGGGGGACCCCGUGGCCGGAGGCGGUCGUCUCUCCUCGUCUCUGAACGGCGUCCAGAUUGGUGGCUGUCCGGCCGCCUAACGACCUUACGGUGCCCGGAGAUAUCCCGCUACUACCUGUGACUCAGGUGACAGCUCGCGGCACGCCAUCUCCCGGCGGGGCCAUGGUGUAAGGAAGGGGAGGUGAAACCGUGCGCAGGUUUUCCCCCUCCACGCGCUCCCUCGCUACGUCACCUUGGUUGUAGCCGGCGCUCUUCUUUCAGGCGCUUCCCAUCCACUUCAUCUGCGUCUCGUGCGAACCUUUGUUAUUGUUGGUGCUUACAUAAUCCUGAGUGCUUUUAUGUAGUUGUCCAGUGUUUGGACUUCACAAUCAUUUCAAAAAGACUCGAGGUUCUGGAAUAAAAUAGUAUGACGUAGUGCGCAGUGGAGGACGAUUUUGGGCGGCCGGACGGUUUCACCUCCCUUUCUUACACCAUGGGCCGUGACCUCGCCGGCACAUUCCGUGACCUCGUCGGCACAAUUCGUGAGACGACAAGGGAGUAUCUCCCGUCACAGGUCACUGAUUUCUUUUUACGUUUAACACGUUUUCACUCGUCGACAUUUUUUUUUCCUGGGCAUUCUCCAACAGAAUGAAAAGGAAGAAAAAAAACGUUUAAUGCACAAUUUUGCAUGAUUAGCUGGUAAGGUUGAAUUUUUAAAAAUUUUUGUGUGCUAUGGAGGAGGAGAACCAAAUGAAAUUAAAAAUAAAUAAAAACAGAAAUUUUUUGGGUUUAAGGCAAAGCUGGUGGCUUUUGCGUGGCAUGUUUCAAAUGUAUUUUAAAAAAAUGAUUUAAUUUUAUUCAAAAUUUAAAAUAAAAAAAAAUCAGAGGAUUUAAAAAAGGCUAUUAAAAAUGCUUUUUUUUCUGAAACAAAUUAAAUCAUAUCACGAAGUAGCCAGUAAAACUGGCUUCAAUUUCAUUCUCCUUAUUCAUACUGGAAAAAAAAAACGCAAAAAUUUAACUGGCCAGCCUAACUAUCCAAAAAGUAUGCGACAUCUUUAUGAAACUUCAGCCACUCAAAAAGUCUGCAAGUUUAACCGCGUGAAACGUAAAUAUAAAAUAGUGACCAGGAACAACGGACAUACAAUACACCCUUAAGACCCGUCCACAAUAGAAAUGUCUCAAAUUGUGUCGGACGGACACUGCGUGUGAUUCAUGUGAAAAAAAUGUGGUUGAAAACCAAAUUUUCGUAUAUUCAUCGCGUUCGGCAUUAUUUUUAAAGAAUUCUACGUCAAUUUUCGUGACUCAAGUUUCGUAGGUACUAUAAGUGUCUUAGCAAAUUGAGAACACGCGAAUUAGCUCGUUACCGAGGUUAGAUGUUACUCUGGUGAGUGCUGAAAGACUCGCUUACGUUUUUAAAGUGUACAUACAGUUUUCUAUUAGGGGGAAAAAAAUAUUUUUUUUUUCUAAUUUCUAGAAAAAAAAAUUGGUUGUCUGUAAAGUCGGUUCACGGAAGAUAGUUUAACGUGACAACGUCAUAACAAAACAUUGAUGAAAUGAUUACAUACUUUUAUGAAUAAAAUUGAAUCAUUUUUAUUUUAAUAAUAAAGGAAUAAAUACUUGAAAUUAUUCUAGUAAUCAGAUUUUUAAAAUGCAAGAAUAAUUAACCUUUAUUGCCGAAAUUGUUCUAAUAAGCACUGAAAACCACAUUAACUUUUCAUUUCACUUUAUAAACAGUCGAGUGGAAGAGAGAUAGAUGCGGCGCAAGCGUACAAUGAGCGUAACAGGUCACAUAAUAACGGAACAAUGACCGUAACGGGACACAGCGUAACGGAACAAUGUGCGUAACGGGACACUUUUUCGUGCGUGCAGCCGGCGUUCAUCGCUUUAUUAGACCGUUGUCACGUCAAAAAAAAAAAAAAACAAGAUGCGAAAUGGGCGGGGGAGUUACCUCGAUAAUGAUUGAGUGCGCGGUGUCUGAAGGGCUUAUUGACGCAGUAACAGAGCACUUGUGACGAGUGAUGCACGCUGAUAAAGGCGAUAAGAUGUCGCGUGUCUGCAAGGCUGUCUCGCGGCGCAGACAUCUCGCCGCUGCACGGAGCGCCACAGACGCGAUGGGCGAGACCUCUGGUUCGCCCGCGGGCGCCUACAGCGCUGUGCCGAUGCGAGACCCCGCCGGCAACAAGGCGGUGGAGUUCGGCGACGAUCCGCCGGCCCCGGAGCGAGCCAUGGGCGGCUGUCGGAGGGCGUUCCGCUGGAGGUGGCUCGUCGACGCCGUCAUCGGCCUCACCGUGCUGUCAGUUCUUGCGGCUGGAGAGUAUGGCGUCAUACCUUCCGUUAAACUGGGUUUCUACUGCGACGAUCCGAAGAUUUCGCACAAGUUAAGCGGCGAGACAAUCUCUACGACAACACUGAUUGUGCUGUCUAUUUUGCUGCCCCUGAUUGGACUGUGGCUGGUGGAGUGGAGCGGCACGGUGCUGGACGGCCUGGCGGGCCGGUGGCGGCGCGCCCUCGCGGGCAUGCGGCGCAGCCUCGCCUGGUUCUGGGAGUACCUGGUGGGCCUGGUGGUGCUGCUCAUGCUCAUAGACGUGGCCAAGAUCCUGGUGGGCGAGCCGCGGCCCCACUUCCUCGACACCUGCCGGCCAGACGCCGCCGUCAACUGCACCUCCGGGCGCUACAUCGCGGACUACGAGUGCACCAACAAGGAGAUGAGCUUCUGGUGGGUGCAGGACUCGAGCCGCUCCUUCCCGUCGGGCCACACCGCCACCUCCGUCUACAUGGCGCUCUUCAUGAUGAGCUUCCUGCAGCGCCGGGUGCCGCGCCCGGGGCCGUGCCUGCUGCUGCCGUGGCUGCACUGCGUGUGCCUGGUGUGGGCCAUGCUGUGCUCCUUCUCGCGCAUCACCGACCACCGCCACCACUGGUGGGACGUGCUGGCCGGCGGCGUCAUGGGCGUCUUCGGCGCCGUCUUCACCGUGCUGGUGCAGUGCGGCAGCUUCUCGGGGGCGGGGGCGGGGACCACGCCCCUCGACUGCGGCAAGGAGAACGGGCACGCGGGGGACGCUGCACACACCCGGUCCGUCCGGCGACUGCUCUCGUCCACGUCCAGCUACACGAGUUCCCUGGUGCCCGAGGAGCGCGAGCUGCGCGACGUGGCCGCGUCGUGAGCUUCCCCGGGGCUCCCAGAGCGUCCGUGCGACCCCCCCGCGGGCCUCGUCGGAAACACUGAGAACAAGACUGAGUUACUUCAUUCGCAGGGUUGCUUAAUCGCUAAAAAGUGACUUGUCGAACACGAAAGGUGCAGUGCAUUCAUUCUGUUUCUCGCUCCAGAGCAGGUCGAGUUGCUAGCAUUUCGUUCCUCGCACCUCUCGCCAGUAUUACGUACAAAAGAAAAUUCAGAACUUUAAACGUGGGCCCAAUCUGUGUACGACAAUCCAGGAGUCAUUUUUUAAAUAUGUUUGUGAUAAAACUGCUUGUGCGCCAGGAAUUUGGGCAAGAUAAGUUUUAAAAUGAUUCCCAGUAGAUAGUAUUAAUUGUGUAUUACUGCCGACAAAGUUUGUGUACAAAUGUAUGUGUAUUUAAAAUUAUUGAUAUUUUUAUAUUUAUGUAAGUAUAUGUACAAAAUAUUUUAGUUUUUACAAUGUCAGAAAAUGUUUUAUGUGAACAUUAAUUAUUGUUGUAAUUUAAAUAACUAUAUGAAAUAUAUCUGAUUUUAUAUUA